AUGUCUCAUUCCAGCGGUCAAGAAGUCUACGGCGUUUACGUUCUUAAGCCAUUUGGCUAUGAACGAGAACGCCAUGAAGAUGAUCCAGAGGAUCCUCAUAUGCUCCUCUAUUUCAGAGACCCGGACAAGCCAAGGAAAGCAGCAAACAAGUACAAUGUGGCCAUCAACGUCAAGUCGAAAGGGUCACCCUCUGAACUCGUGUACGUUCUCAAAGAUCCUUUUGAACAUCAAGAAACAAUUCGGAAGCUUGAAGCUUUGGAACCGGGCUUUCACGCCGCCAACAGCAGCCUGUUCCUGGACUAUGAACGUACUCUGGGCCUUGUCGAUAUCGAGCAUGGCACUAUGCUACCCCACGAUGUACCUGGCCAGGACAAUGACUUACUCGAUGAGCUGGAGCCGAUUGUGCACUCUGCUAUCCGCAAUCAAGCACAAGUGUACAUUUUUGGAUUCCGAUAUCGCGAUGGAAAGGGAAUACACAAAGUACACAUGAAUCAGGGGUCUGUCGGGUCUUUCGGAGAUCAAAACGGAGUCAAGACUGACGGUGCGAUCAUCAUUCGCGACCAAGAUGAGUGGAAGGCUGUGUUCUUGGCCUUUGCGAGUCAAAAGACGCCUACUGAUGAUCAUAGUGGACAACCAAGGCAUGGUGCGCGUAGCUUGAAGGAUCAGGUCGCAUAG